AUGCCCUUCAAGUUCGUCUCCGAAGAAGGUCGGGCCUUAAUCAAGAAGAUACUCCAGGACACUGUGGCGAUUGAGCCCCAUGACCACCAACUUGAAGCCCUCUCGUACGCGCUCGACCGCGUGAGUGUCCUGUCAGUCACGUACACCGGCAGCGGAAAAUCGGGGUAUAUCUAUAUGCUUGCGAUAAUCCUCGGUGCGCUACGUGCCAAUCCCGCGCUCUGUCCUCAGGCCGAUGUGCCGCGAGACCCGGUUAUUGUGGUCAUAUGUCCCACCAUCGCGUUAGAGGAGGAU